GAAUCUUUUCUUCAAUGACAAAAAAAGGCGCAGUGAGAGUGUAAACAAAACGCGAUUUGAUAGAAAUUUUCCAACUUCGUAGAAACGAGCAAGGAGAGUUUUUGUAAGUUCAGAAAAGGAUUGUGGGCAGCAGCUGAACGACCAAAGAUGUCAAAUCUACUGAAUUUCAAUUCAACUGACCAGGUACAGAAGAAGGAGCUGAAUAAACUGAAGCAUGACCUCGAGGAUUGGAGGGAGGCUAUUCUGCAUGCCAGCAGGAUUCUCACCUGGGAGAAGGCUUUCUAUCCAGCCAUAAUUUUUGCUGCAGUGACAGUGCAAUACCUCUUUAUCUGGUACACUGACCUCUCCGAACUCACCCUCUUCUCCCUCACGCUCCUGCUGAUCGCCCUCCUGGAUUACCUCUAUCCCAUUGUGGGCAAAUUUGUUUUCAAGCCCGAGAAGUGGACGGGUGUUCAGGAGAAGGAAUUCGAGGGCAUCUGCGUGAACAUUUACAAUACCAAGCAAUGCUUCUAUCGCUUUGCCAUUUCCAUGAUUGAAGCCAAGGAGAAGAAGUCCACUCUGUUCUUUUUGAUCGUGAGUGCAGUACUGCUCGUUCUUGCUUGGAUUGGAUCCACCAUUGACAAUUUACUUCUCAGCUACUUAACCACUUUGUUUGUCCUCUACUACCCAGGCCUCUGCAAGAUUGGCGUUAUUGCCAAAGUUAAGGAGGUUUUAGGUGGAGUUCUUUCUGCAAAUGCAUCAACAACUUCCACCAAAACUGACUAAAUGCAGCAUUUAAUCAAUUUUUAAAGAGAAAUAUUCCAUAGUCCAAGUGUCACAAUUAUUAUUGUCGUAAAAAAAAAAUAAAAAAAGAAAAUUAAUGUAGAACAGAUUUCGCAUAUAAACUCUUUAAAAUGGAAAGCGCACACGCGUAAAACUAAUAAAACAGAAACUAUCCCAAAACGAACCAUGAAAACUAUCAUACAAAUUUAUACUCUUCAAGAGAUUUCAUCUACAAUAAUUGUAACUAAGUUUGAAGAAAAGAAAUGAAAGAUAUUUAGACAUAAUUAGUUGUAUAGGCUUUGUUGUAAAUAUGAUUUUUUUUAUAUUUAAUUUUAAUCUGAGAAUUAAGAGUCAGUUUGUUUUGAAUUAGAAGGCAAUAUUUGUAUGAUUACCAAUAAGUUUAGUGAUUUUUUGUGGCUAUUGAUAAUUAUAAUUGAUAUUAAUUUACGCAAUAGAAGAAAAUGAAAUCAUUGCCAUUAAUGUAUACCAAAAUCAACGUUUCUAUGUAAGGAUUCAUCCCCAUAAAUAAAUUAAAAGAAAAAUAAACAAUCCUCAUGUUUCAUCACAA